CGGUGUUGUUGUGAGGAGCUGCCCCUGCCUCGAACAAGGAUGUGGAAAUUAAAAUGCAAUAUUUUGGCAUGUUUGUUACUUUUUCUGGGACAAUACAAUACAUUUGCUCUACAGGAUGUAACGGCCGACCUUUUUGCUGCCGAAAACUAUGGGACAGUGGCAGCUUUUGGAGAUUUUUACGCGGAUAAACAGACAGACAUGUUCAUCAUCAGAGCACAGACGGAAGUGGUGAUAUUCCAGGCUGAUUCGAAAAUACCCUACUUCAAGCCCAAAAUUCACAUCAAAAAGGACAUUUUCCCAAGGGAUACCAUCAUCACCAGUGUGGUUCCUGGGGACUACGAUGGAGACUCUCAGAUGGAUGUCCUGCUUACAACUCAGAUCCUGGAUUCCAAGCAGACCACUGUUUUCAUCUUCUGGGGAAACAACCAGACAUUAGAUAUGAGUGGGUGGAUAAUGCUGAACAAGACCUUUACAGACCAACCUCUUGUUAUGGACUUCAAUGGGGACAUGAUCCCAGACAUUUUUGGAGUCACAAACGCCGUCACCGAAGUAUGCUACGUCACGAACAGGAUUCCAGUGUGGAGGAAUGCUUUGAGUUUAGCUGUCAACAUGCGCAUCCCUCACUCGAACGCGUUCAUCGACCUCAACAAGGAUUUAACUGCCGGUGUUUCAAUAGCCCCCAAAGUGCCUGUUAUCAUCAAAGCCAAAUGGCCGCAGGAGACGUCCUUAUCGCUGAAUGGUACCCAGUAUUCUCCCACAUCAUAUCUCCAGUUUUAG